GCACUCGAAGUUUGAGCGAAUCGCAAGUUCGCAAGUCUUUUGGUAAUGACGUAUCCUGUUCUUUAUAACGAUUAUUUGUUUUAGUGAAAAGAUAAUUUAUUCAAGAGAUCAUUUUGGACAUACUACAGUUGUACAAUGAAUAAGUUGGUUUAAUGCGGAAUAUUAACUUCAACUAGUAUUUGAAGUUACUUGGUCGAUAAACGAUGCCGAAAGCUAAGGUGACGGGUGCUACCAGCAGAUUGAAGCAAGACUAUCUGAGGCUUAAAAAUGACCCUGUACCGUAUGUUACUGCGGAACCUGUGCCUUCUAAUAUUCUAGAAUGGCAUUACGUCGUAAAGGGACCCGAAAAAAGUCCGUAUGAAGGAGGUUACUAUCACGGCAAAAUUAUCUUUCCCAGAGAAUUUCCAUUUAAACCACCAUCGAUUUAUAUGAUUACGCCUAAUGGAAGAUUUAAGACAAACACACGCUUAUGCCUUAGCAUAACCGAUUUCCAUCCAGAUACAUGGAAUCCAGCAUGGUCAAUCUCAACCAUAUUGACAGGGCUACUUAGUUUUAUGUUGGAGAAAACUCCGACUCUCGGAUCUAUAGAGACGUCGGAAUACCAAAAACGAUGUUUGGCAGCUGAAUCGCUCGAUAUUAACAUUAAAAACAAAAUGUUCUGUGAGCUAUUUCCGGAAUAUGUAGAAGAGAUUGAGAAGUUGAUUAAAAAGAGGGAGGAAGCUUUGCUCAAAGCAAACAACUCUAACAUGAAUAGUAACAGAGAAGUGACAACAGAACAACAAUCCAACAUGUACUACAUUUUAACCAACCUCUUUGUGAUUGUCGGCUUUGUGCUUCUUGCAUACAUGGUGAAAUAUGUAUUAAUUUCUAUCUCCGAUUAGGGCAACACUCAAAUAGAACAUGAAAGUCUUUUUUCAAAAGUUAAAUGUAAAUAUUGUAACUUAUUUUGUAAAUAUAAUGAUUAUUUUCACUCCAUCUGUAUUAACAGGACCUUUGCAAAUAUGAUUGAUUUCUUCAUCUGACCAUAAGGCUGUGGUCAUGAAACUUGCGGCAAACCGGACAGUGGAACAGGGAGUAGGCUAAAUUGUCUAUUAACAUAGACAUUCAAAACAUCAGAUAAAAAUAUCUGUAUAAAUCUAGAUUUUAGACCUCUAUGUCCUGUGAGUCGGAAGUUUUUUGACCGCAGUCUAAGAGGUUUCAUUCCAUUCUUAGACUCUUCCAAGUGAAGUUCUACAAUAGUAAUCUCGAACCACAUAGGUGUAGUUAUUGUAGCAGCCUUGGGCAUUGCUAAAGAGGAGGUAGCCGCUCUGUAGACUAGUCUAGAUCACCAACUACAGCCUACAGUAGGAUCACAGUUGUUUUGCAAUAUUUUAUAUCUAAAGUAUAUGCUAGAAGAAAAUUUAGCAUUUUAUAGUGCAAAUUGAUAUAGCAAUUUCCAAAUAUUGUAUACAAUAUAUAACAAUGCUUAGUUGAAAUAAAAUGCGGAAUUUCAAGUAAUUGCUGGUUAUUUUUGUAUAAUCUAAAAGAAAUUUAAUAUUAUAAGGCUAUAUUCAUUCCUAAAAACAUAUUUUCAAAUAUGUUAUUUAUUUAAAUCUUAAUACUUUGAAUCUUCGCCUAAUUAUUUAUUUGUACCUUUGUCAUUUUCUAAACAUGUUUCUAGACAAUGAUUCUAUUAAUGUUAUUUUUGUGUAGAUGUGAUUUAUCAUUUAAUUGCAUUUAUUGAAUUCAUUUUAGUUUUACAAUGGAUAUGUUAAAAUAACUUGCUACCUGAUUGAAAAAGGCUGUGGGUUAUUGAUUUCUUAACUUGUAGUUUUCUUUUACAAAUUUUGAUGUUAGAUUUUUAAAUAUGGUUGAAUUUCUAAUAAGAACUAUUUGUAAUAUUAAAAACACACAAUAUAUCAAUAGGUGAAAUGUGCUGGCAGUUUGUUAUUAAUGUAUAAAAUCAAUUAAACAGUAUUUUUUAUAA